AUGGCACCGCGAUAUGCUCUUGAAGUGAUGGAUCACCUUUUGCAAGAUUUAAUGCAAAAUAAUCUAAAAUUUGGUGAUAAAAUUGUUAUUCUUGGUGGGGAUUUCAGACAAUUAUUGCCAGUACAACAAAACGUUACACAUUUGGGAAAUGGUACUUUGAAUGAUCAAUUUAAUAAUAUUGAAGUUCUACUGAGAUGUGUAGCAGAUUUGAACGCAAAUAUAGUAAAAGAUACAUACGAAGAAAUAUUUAAACACUAUCAGUAUAGACUUACAGCAAAACGUGCUAUACUUUCUGCACGAAAUGUUGAUGUGGAGGAACUAAACAAACAAGUUGUAAAUUUACUUGACGAAUCAACAGAAAGAGUGUAUACAAGUAUAGACACUACAGAAACUACUAACGAUAUUCAUGAUAUUAAUAAAACUAUUUUAACAGAAUAUUUGAGUACUUUAAAUCCAGCGAUUCUUCCACCUCAUAAACUUCGAUUAAAAAAAUACACGAUUAUCAUGUUGAUUAGAAAUCUAAACAUCAGCAAAG